UUUCAAGGAUUCAGAAAGAGACGAUGGUUAUGAUGAUGCAGUUCAUGACUACCAAAACUUUAAAGAAAGUCAAACCUCCUCGUCAGUAGAAGAACCGUUGUAUGAAGAAUUGGGACCCAAAGGAAGAUGUGGGUUCUCUGCUGAAACCAAACCAGAGGAUGGAUGUACUGCGUCGACGCCUGACACAAACAGAGGAGUCACAGUUGAAUACAGAAAACAUCCCAGGAAUAUACGGCUGUGUGACUGUUGAAGAAAGCAAUCAAACAGAAUACCUGGUGUACGAUUUCCCAACUGGACACUGUGUUUCCUUGAGCAACGUGGUGGACGUUAGGUGCUUCGGCCUCUGGUCUGUGAAGUACAUUCGCUGUUUGAGUGCAGUAGCAAGGACGUUGUCUCUUCUUCAUCAGCGAAACUGGGUCCACGGUUGUCUGAGUACAGAUAACAUAUGGAUAUGUGAUACUAAAGAUGAUGGCGAUUACAAGGUAUACUUCUCUGACCUUGGGUACAUACGAAGAUCAUGUAACAUUGAGGAUGGGGUGAUUGCUGAUGAAAGUUUUGUUGUCCCACAGGAUGAACAUGUGUACAGAAGAUCAUCUCCUGAGGUAAUACGAGAUGGUACCUACUCAUGGGCGAGUGAUGUCUUCAGUUUUGGUCUGAUCCUGUGGAGUGGCUUCUCCAACUUUAGCUCCUACCAUAAUCUAAAGGAUCUAAACAAACUCGAGAGUAUUCCAAAAGAUCAGUUAUAUGAGUACCUGACCACUACAUCUGGAAAUCAGAUUCUUCCCAAACCGGCUAAGUGUCCGGAUUCAAUCUACUCUCUCAUGCUUCUCUGUUGGAGUCCCGAACGACAUGAACGACCACGGAUGACUAUUGUUCAACAAAAACUCUUGGAAUCCAUCAGUGAUGAAGUCAGUCCCUGUCAAGAUCGGGAUCAAUAUGAUUCUGUCGUUACUGAAGGGCAAUCAAGUGAAGAUGAUCUUUAUGCCGAUCCUGAUCCUGAUCCAUAUUACACAGAAACCAAAGUGUCAAGUGGCCAUAAUACUGUGGCGGAAUGUUCAGAGAUUAAUAGGUUACCUUCGUCAUUUUCUCCUGCAACACAAGCAGGCGGCAGCACAACAGCCCUCCAUCAGGAAAAGUUAAAAAGGCAAAGCCCCAAGACAUCCCAAGCUCCGGAGACCAUAGCGUCUGGUGACUAUGACGAAGUGGAGAAUUCCUCCUUACAACAUGAUGGGUCGAGAUCGUCCUAUAUUUCAUCAACAAUGGAAGACUCAAAUGUGUUGGUUAACAGAGAAACAGCUUUACGUCAGGAAAAUGCAAAAACGCAAAACACAUCACAAGUUUCUUUUACCAGGCCAAUCCUUCAACCCAAACCAUUACCAGACAAUGAGAAACAGGGAAAAGGCAUGCACUUACAGAAGUUCCUAACGGGAUCAGCAGCACACCUGAACGGCACACAGGACACAGCAUGUGACCAAAUACCACAAGUUGGUAAGUCAACUUAUGUUUCCCAAUUGAACCUGGAAUCUUUACCUCAAGACUCGAUAUCCGUCUGCAGCGAAGCUACACAGUAUGAAAUGUUUAAUGACUCAACGUAUAUUGUUGAGAAACCGAAAAGGAAUGAGAAGCCACGCCUCCCUCCGAAGCCAAAACAUAUGCUUCGGAAAACGCAAGUUGCAUCUUCAAGUGAUGAUCAACCACAUGUUUGUGAAGAAAUAUAUGACUGUGGGUACUCUGUACAUACAAGUAUUCAAGGACCUUCUGGAAACAGACCAGAAUCACGGCAACCAUCAAAUCAAACUGAACUGAAAUCCCACACUGUGCCACGUCGUGUAGAAAAUGCCGAUCGACCACCUUCGCCCCAAAGUCCUCCACCACUACCACAACGUCCGCCUCCACGACGGAACAGUGAAAAAAGUAACAGUUGAUGGAACAGCUCAGGUCGAUCCUCUUUGUGAAAAAUGACCUUGUGUCAUGAAAACUAUUUUGGGGGUCCAAGGACCUCAUCCAUCUGUAACCUACCUCUGUAGGCUACCUCAGGUUUACCUGUUCG